AUGGCCGCCACACACACCCUGGAGGACGUCUCCAACUUUGCCUCCCUGAUCCACCAUGCGCUGCUGAAGAACCCAGAUCCACAGUGCCCCAACCAAGCUGCGUGGGUGCCCUGGUUCCACUACACAGUUGGCGAAAUCCGCCGGGCGCGGUCCGAUGGCCUGCCCUUCAAAACACUCCCAAAGCUGGCCCUCGCCGCAUACUACGAGCUGGAGAGGGGCGACAUCGACUUGGGAUACGAGCCUUCAGUCUGGCGCAUCACGCCUCAUGACAGCAACAAGGAGGCGGUGGCUCAUUACGGGUUCGAUGUGGGGCUGGAGGUGAACGACGAUGGCGACGUUGCCCUGCUCCCGUGGAGCGCCCUGAGGGGCCGGGAAUGGGUGGAAACUAAGGAUGAGCCGCCGCCCGGAGCCGCCGAGCCUCGCGACGUGGCACCUAAAAAACUCCAAGGGGCGAAGAAGCGCAAGGCUGAAGGGCCGCCCAAAGUGGAAAUCCCGCUCCAGGAAGCGGAACCUCGUGGUGAGGUGGGGGCCGAGGCAUCUGAGACCAACCAGCGGCAGACACGCUCGAAGGCGAACACGGCCUUGAAGCCAAACAUCAGCAACGCCUCAAGUAGCCAGGCCGCAGGAAAACGCAAAUCGCGUGGCAAGGCGAAGGCCGAUGUGCCACCCGAGCCACAUUUCCCGCCCUUCCCUGGCUACCCCGACUUCUUCCCGAUCGCAGAGGCGCCUGGCCCCACCGAAGACGACCCCAUCGACUGGCGAUGUGUAGGCUGCCGAAAAGCCAACGUUCCGUGCCUGUUCUCGCCUUUGCAAAACGACACCUGCGAGAACUGCAGAGCGGGCGGGGCGGGAUGCGGUCUCAGGCUUUCACCCAGCAGCUCCCGAGGAUUCGUCGCCGCGUAUUGCGCCUACAGGGCUGGUGUGCAGUGGGCCAAUCCCCACAUCUAUCCAAACCCCAUCCCCGUCUCCGAGCUCUGGGCGCAAAUCGGAGGCACCGGAGACGUCCCGACGUGGUUUGUGGAGUGGUGCCGCGCACGUGUCACCUCUCCUGACGCCAAGGUCGUUUCUGCUGAGCACGCCACGGCCCUGGCGAACCUGGCGGCCUCAUCACUCCGCCGAGAUGACAUGGAGCCGGUGGAGGACUUGGGUGAGGCUGCUUACAGCCAGCCGGGCUACCCUUUCGACCCACGCCUCGGCCCUGAGGCGGAAUCCGUCAGCGGAGAUGGCGGCCCCAAGGCAAAAGAUCACAGCAUGGGGGCCGAUGUGGGCGCCUACACUGAAGCCAACGCCGAAGCUGGCGCCGACAGCGAGGCCAACGCUAACGAUGGCGCCGACGCCGAUGAUCGCGGCAGUGGCAGCAAGGGCAAGGGCAAGGGCGUUCUUGGGAGGCCCCUCCCGUUGGGCACCGGGUCAUCGCCGCCGGCGAAGAGGCGCCGUGGGGCCCCGGCGGCGGGCCAGGGUGGGCCGCCACCUCACGCUGUGGCAUCGCACAACCAGCCGCCGCCACCACCUGGACACGACUUCCGAAAUGUGCCGCUGACGCCAAUUUUCCCCGAAGAUGUCGUGAACGAGGUCCGCCCUCUGUUCGGCAGCGCGCACUCCCCAACUGCCGCGGGGGUGCCUCGCGAGGAGUUCGAGGCCCUCCGUCGCCGCACCGAUCGCCUUGAGCAACAGCUCGCAGCCAUGCAAGGGCUGGAGAUGGAGGUCGCGAGCGUGCAGUUGCGGCUCGACGGCUUGGCCCAAGCGAUGCGCCAUCAAGCAGGUAAAUCUAUGCUCGGCCCCAGUCCCAGUGCGCCGUUCUACGCAUCCAUGUGGCAGCGCUGA